AAAACAAAAUAUAAAUGUAAAACAGUUCGUUGGAGGUUUCGCAAUUAAAAUAAUAAUAAAAACUAAAAGGAAUCCGACUUCUAAGGCCGGGAACAAGAGGUUAGAUGGCGCGGCAAAGGUCAUUCGAUAACGGAAUCCACUUCUGUUCUGGUAAUCCGAAGAAUCACAGCAAGUAUUGAAGUUGAAGAAUUGAGGAAUUGAAGAAGAAGAAGAAGAAGAAGAAGAAGAAGAAGAAGAAGGAAUGUUGGCUGCCUGUAGGUGCCUCGGGGCAACCGAGCUUAUUCAAUCUAAUGGCCGACAUUUGAUGUCUUUCAAAGGCGGAGCCUCGUUCUUAAUCUAUUGCAAUCGUAAUUACAAUCGUUUUUCAACCGGCGCGCUAGGAAUCAUCUCCGACAGAUAUCCGAUCUUAAGCAGCGAAUUCGUUAGGACACAUGAUGAUCGUAUUAUGUACAUUCAAGGUCGCAAUUCUCGUAGUUUUAGUUCCUGUAGACGGAAUUCCAAUCCACUGAGUCGCGUCCAUGCAUUCUUGCCUGAUCCUUCUUCUUCCUCCUCGACCAAAGGAUCUCAAUCUGGUCACAUGUUAAAUGGGCGGCUAGUGUUUUCAACCUCUUCUGCAAAUGGCAGUGAAGCUGCAUCGUCUCCCAGGGGAACAAAUAUUAAACCUGUUAGUAAAGGAUCGGAGUCCCAAGUUGCCGAUACAAAGAUUUUGCGUACUCUUGCUAGUUAUUUGUGGAUGAAAGACAACUCCGAGUUCCGUUUCAGGGUCAUAAUGGCUUUGGGUUUCUUGGUCGGAGCUAAGAUUUUGAACGUUCAGGUACCAUUUCUCUUCAAGCUAGCCGUUGACUGGUUGACCACUGCUUCAGGGAAUGCAGCUGCUCUUGCUUCUUUUACUGCCGCUAAUUCCACCAUGUUAACUCUUUUUUCAACACCAGCUGCGGUUUUAGUUGGUUACGGCAUUGCCCGGUCUGGGGCAUCUGCUUUCAACGAGCUGCGGACUGCUGUUUUCUCCAAGGUAGCACUACGGACGAUUCGAUCUGUAUCUCGAAAGGUUUUUUCACACUUGCAUGACCUUGACCUCCAGUAUCAUCUUAGUCGUGAGACAGGUGCCUUGAGUAGAACUAUUGAUCGCGGUAGCCGUGCUAUAAAUUUUAUUCUUUCAUCCAUGGUUUUCAAUGUUGUACCCACCAUCUUAGAGAUAUCCAUGGUGUCGGGUAUUUUGGCCUACAAGUUUGGAGCUCCAUUUGCAUUUAUCACUUCACUAUCGGUGAUAGCAUAUGUCAUUUUUACGUUGACUGUGACUCAGUGGAGAACUAAAUUUAGGAAGGCCAUGAAUAAAGCUGAUAAUGAUGCAAACACCAAAGCAAUUGAUUCACUUAUUAAUUAUGAGACCGUUAAAUACUUCAAUAACGAAGCCUAUGAAGCCAAUAAAUAUGAUGAAUAUCUCAAGAAGUAUGAGGAUGCUGCUCUGAAAACACAACGCAGUCUGGCCUCCUUAAACUUUGGUCAGAAUGUAAUAUUUAGCACAGCUCUAUCAACUGCUAUGGUGCUGUGUUCACAUGGAGUUAUGAAUGGAAAUAUGACAGUUGGUGAUCUGGUUAUGGUGAAUGGCCUACUCUUUCAGUUAUCUCUUCCUCUUAAUUUCCUUGGUAGUGUUUAUCGGGAAACCAUACAGAGCCUUGUUGAUAUGAAAUCGAUGUUUCAAUUGCUGGAGGAAAGAGCUGAGGUUAGAGAUGCGGACAAUUCAAAGCCUUUAAAGUUGGAUGGUGGUAGCAUCGAGUUUGCUAACGUACACUUCAGUUACCUGGCAGAAAGAAAGAUUCUUGAUGGUGUGUCUUUUGUUGUACCUGCUGGAAAGAGCGUGGCUAUUGUUGGUACCAGUGGCAGCGGCAAGUCAACUAUUCUUCGUUUGCUCUUCAGGUUCUUUGACAUCCAUUCAGGAAGUAUUAAAAUUGAUGGUCAAGAUGUACGGGAUGUGACACUUGAUAGCGUACGGAAAUUUGUUGGUGUUGUGCCACAAGAUCUGGUCCUCUUCAACGAUACAAUUUUCCAUAACAUUCAUUAUGGUCGUCUUUCAGCUACCGAGGAGGAGGUUUAUGAUGCAGCUCAACGUGCUGCAAUUCACGAUACUAUCAUGAACUUUCCUGAAAAGUAUUCUACAGUUGUAGGUGAAAGGGGGCUUAAGUUAAGCGGUGGCGAGAAGCAACGAGUGGCUCUAGCUCGAGCAUUCUUGAAAUCACCGUCUAUUCUGCUAUGUGAUGAGGCUACAAGUGCACUCGACAGCUCAACAGAGGCCGAAAUUUUGACUGCAUUGAGGUCACUUGCAAAUAAUAGAACAUCAAUCUUCAUUGCUCAUAGGCUUACCACUGCCAUGCAAUGUGAUGAGAUUAUAGUUUUGGAGAAUGGGAAGGUGGUUGAACAAGGUCCCCACGAAGUUCUCUUAUCAAAGGCAGGAAGAUAUGCUCAGCUGUGGGGCCAGCAAAAUAAUACCAUUGAUGCCCUUGAUUCUGCAGUUAAACUUGAAGCGCAAUAGAAAAAAAGGGGUCAUAAUAAUUCUUAAUUUAUAUUCAUUCAAAAAUAAGGUCCCUUCCCUCCCCCAAUAAUUUAAAUCUGUUCCUAAUGGAUUAUAGGCCCUUUAUUUUUCUUAUGUACCAUAUUAUAUACUUUGGUCAUUGCUACUAUAUCCAUUCAAGACCUGUAUUUAAUUUAAAGAGUCGAUGUCUUUGUUGUUUGCUCUCA